CAGCGCCAAAAAGAAAAGCAAAUAAUCAGUUUUCUUUUCUCAAAAUCCGCGUCUCGACAGUUCAAUCAUGACGACCGUCUUUGCUCGAAUGGUGAGGUUUUCGAUAGCCUACCCCGUUACCAGGGGAAUGGUAUCGUAUGCAGUGAUCUGGCCAACCGGCUGUCUACUACAGCAAAUGGCUUUUGGCGAUGACGAAUUCGACUUUGUCCGAGCUGCUCGGUUUGGUUUGUUCGGGGCGUUUUACGUGGCGCCGACGCUUAAUGCAUGGUUGACCGUCGCCCGGUUUUUGUAUCCGAAAAACAAUUUGAGUAGCGCAAUCAAGAAAGCGCUCCUGGAGCAAAUAACGUACUCCCCGUGCGCAAUGGUGAGUUUUUAUUUCGGCAUGUCCUUGCUAGAGGGAAAGACGAUCGAGGAAGCCAAACAAGAAGUCGCCAAGAAGUUUCUUCCCACUUACCAGGUGGGUGUAGCUGUUUGGCCUGUAUUGCAAGUCAUUAACUACACAAUGGUUCCAGAAAAGAACAGAAUACCGUUUGUAAGCAUGUGUAGUUUGGGUUGGAGCUCAUUUUUAGCUUACAUGAACCAUUGCAGCAAAAAAAAGGAAAACAUUAAGGUUACCCAGUAAUCAAGACAGAAGCAUUCCACAAUUUGUAUGUGUAUGUAUGUAAAUGUAUAAAUAAGAAAAAGAAAUUGUAUCAAAAAAACGUGUGAAAUAAAUUGUAUAUAUUUAUACUCUUAUAUUUUUAUAUACUUAUGGUCCUAAAAACAUUGAAGCCCGAUAGAGCUGUACUUAUAAGUACACCUGUAAUUUGUGGGUGCCAGUGUAAUUCUUUGAUGUGUUCUUGUCCUUGAUGGAUAAAUAAAAGUUGUGGUGGAAUUUCCUAAUUGAAAA